AUGAUCCAUGGUCCAUGUGGCGCGAUCAACAACACUUCUCCGUGCAUGAAGGAUGGUAAGUGCACAAAGCGAUAUCCAAGAGACUUACACGCCGAGACUAUCACCGGAAAUGAUGGAUAUCCAAAAUACCGUCGACGAGCAACAGAUAAUGGUGGCAACGUCAUCGUUCUAAAAUUGCACAACAAAGACAUUGAUAUUGAUAAUCGUUGGAUUGUUCCAUAUUCACCGUUACUAUCAAAGACGUUCAAAGCUCACAUCAAUGUAGAGUAUUGCAAUUCAGUGAAAUCUAUCAAAUACAUUUGCAAAUAUGUAAACAAAGGAAGUGAUAUGGCCGUUUUCGGAGUAGGAAAUCCGUCUGCACCAAUCGAUGAAAUUGAACGAUAUCAAUUGGGACGCUACAUUAGUAGCAAUGAAGCUGUUUGGCGAAUUUUAUCAUUUCCCAUUCAUGAACGCCAUCCACCUGUUGUUCACUUGGCUGUGCAUGUUAUAGAUGGACAGAGUGUUUGCUUUACAAUGGAAAACAUACAAACUAAAGCAUUGUCACCACCGCACACUACUUUAACUGCAUUCUUUGUGUUGUGCAAUGAAGAUGAGUUCGCCAGAACGCUUCUUUACUCAGAAGUUCCAAAAUCAUUUCAAGAACUGAAAACAGUAAAUGAUGCAGAAUGUGAGACCUAUCGAGAAGCUUGCCAAAAACUUCAUCUUCUUGAAAACGAUGCCCAUUGGGACACAGCACUCGCUGAUGCAUCUAAUACUGCUCAACCACAACAAAUGCGUACGUUAUUUGCAAUAAUAUUGACAACCUGUUUCCCUUCCAAUCCAAAAGAUCUUUGGGAAAAAUACAAAGAUUGGAUGAGUGAAGACAUCUUACGUCGUUUGCAAAGCACGAAUCCCAGUAUGCAAUUUACACCAAUAGUGUAUAAUGAGGCGCUGCUUUCUAUCGAGGAUAUAUGUUUGCCAAUCGCUAACAAAACAUUGGUGCAAUUGGGAAUGUGUGCACCAAAUCGAUCUGGAAAUAACUCAUAUGAUCGUGAUUUGCAACGUGAAAACGACUUCGACGUCAAUGAUUUGGGUGCGUUUGUUGAAAGGAAUCUACUAAAAUUGGUUCCAGAACAACGUAUUGUAUAUGACACAAUCAUGCAAGCAGUUACAAAUCAAAGCGGAGGAUUGUACUUUAUAGAUGCACCAGGAGGUACAGGCAAAACUUUUCUUAUUUCAAUCAUUUUGGCAACGAUAAGAUCAAGAAAUAAAAUUGCCUUGGCAAUUGCAUCAUCUGGAAUUGCAGCAACACUUUUAGAUGGUGGUCGAACAGCACAUUCAGCCCUAAAAUUACCGUUGAAUUUGCAUUCCAUCGAGACGCCAACAUGCAAUAUCACCAAAAAUUCUGGAAUGGGCAAGGUUCUCCAAACAUGUGAGUUGAUCAUAUGGGACGAAUGCACUAUGGCGCACAAAAAAGCAUUGGAAGCUCUUGAUCGCACACUUCAAGAUUUGAGGGAUAAUGGGCAGCCCUUUGGCGGGGCACUCAUUUUAUUGUCGGGUGAUUUUAGACAAACUCUGCCAGUUAUACCACGUUCAACACCGGCUGAUGAGCUUAAUGCAUGUCUCAAAUCAUCUGUUCUAUGGAGACAUGUAAAGAAAUUAACCUUGAAAACCAACAUGCGUGUUCAACUUCAAAAUGAUGCAUCCGCCGAACGUUUCGCAAAACAAUUGCUGGAUAUUGGGAAUGGGAAGAUGGCAGUUGACAGAUCGUCACAAUAUAUCGCCUUGCCAGAAAACUUUUGCAACAUGACAUCAAGUCAAGACGACUUAAUUGAAAAGGUUUUCACAAAUAUCUCACAGAAGUUUGAAAACCAUCAGUGGCUUAGUGAACGUGCCAUAUUAGCUGCUACAAACAGCGAUGUCAACGACAUGAAUUUCACCAUUCAAAAGAGAAUACCAGGAGAAGAGACAACGUACAAGUCAAUAGACACUGCGAUAAAUCAAGACGAAGCUGUCAGUUAUCCGACAGAAUUCUUAAAUUCAUUGGAUUUGCCAGGUAUGCCACCGCAUAUAUUAAGUCUUAAACUUGGUGCGCCUAUCAUUCUCCUUAGAAAUAUAAAUCCACCACGACUGUGCAACGGUACAAGACUUUCAGUCAAAAAAAUGAUGCAUAACAUCAUUAAAGCAACUAUUUUGACUGGAAAAUUCAAGGGUGAACAUGUAUUGUUGCCACGUAUUCCAAUGAUACCAACAGACAUGCCGUUUGAUUUUAAACGCUUACAAUUUCCAGUACGUCUGGCUUUUGCCAUGACUAUAAAUAAAGCGCAAGGCCAAUCCCUCCAAGUAUGUGGCUUAAACUUGCAGAACCCAUGUUUCUCACAUGGGCAAUUAUAUGUUGCUUGCUCACGUGUGGGAAAAUCUUCUGAUUUAUACGUAUACGUGCCAGAAGACAAAACAAAAAACAUUGUAUAUCAACAGGCGCUCGAAUAA